AUGGAGAUGUUCAGCGACUACGAGGGGCACCCGUUGAAAUUGAAGGCAGAUCUGACUUCGCAAGAUGGCACAAAGAUUUUGAUCAUGGGUCUGCCUGCCACUUGCGCUUGGCCCCAGUUGAAAGACUUUGUGGCGGCAGCAGGGCCUGUAGCCUACGCCCAAGUGAGACCCGUGGGGGCCAACUUGCCGACCUCGAGCAGCACACCGCGAGCGGCGGUGGUGGCGGGGCUUCACACCGCGGAGGUCCGAUUUGACCACCCGGAUGACGCUCUGGAAGCUCUUGUGAGGUCCAAUGGUAGCCUCAUUCAAGGCUAUCAAGUGUCUGUGGAGCUGGACCCGACGUCAAUGGACCGGUCCAAAUUGCGUGUUGCGGGCCUGCCCCCUGGCAUGCAGUGGCAGGAAGUGAAGGACCACUUUUCUCAGUUCGGGCAAGUGGGAUUUGCUCAAGUCAGUCCCUCGAGUGGCACAGCGCGAGCAGCGCCUGUGGGGCUUCAGAAAAGCGCGGAGGUCCGGUUCGACAAUCCGGAUGACGCCCUGGAAGCUCUUGCAAGGUGCAACGGUAGCUUCAUUCACGGCUAUCAAGUGUCUGUGGACCUGGACCCGACGUCCAUGGACCGGUCCAAAUUGCGUGUCGCGGGCCUGCCCCCUGGCAUGCAGUGGCAGGAAGUGAAGGAUUUGGAUGUGUUCUUCGUGUGUACAAGAGGGAACAUGGAGAGUCAGAGAUCAGAGGUGCAAGAAUGUUCACUGGAGGUCCCCGUUUACCUCUUUCAGGCAGAUAGUCCUAGCAUCCACUUGACGUUCAUCGACGGAGAAGUGGAAGUCGUGAAUCGCAACACGUUCCUUGACGUGGAUGUCCUGUCGCCCGAUUCGCGAGAGGAGCUCCGGCGUACCAACAGCUGCCCAGCAUUGCUGUUUUUUCACGAAGAGAUGCUUGGAUCGCAGAGCCCUGAUAUCAUGGAUAGCAAACAUUGGGCUCGGCUGAUCACGGACAGUACGCAGAGCACAGAGUUUCGGGACAGCGACUCCGUUGCAGAGUUUGACAUGAAUCCGGACGCUCCUGAUUGUGAUUCCCCAAAUGAAGAGGGAGUUGGGCCUGGAGACGAAGGGGUUGAUUGGCAAUCUGUCCACACAGUGAUGAUCAAGAACAUCCCUUGCCGCUGCACCACCGAAGAGGUACUGGCCGCCAUAGACCAAAUGGGCUUUGAAGGUAGCUAUGAUUUCUUCUACCUACCCAUGAAUCGGCGUCACCGUCAGGGAAUUGGCUACGCCUUCAUCAAUUUUCAAGAGAAAGGUACAGCAGACAUCUUCAAAGAUGCCAUGUGCGGCUAUCAGUUUCCCGGACGCAACAGCAAGAAGGUAGUGCACGUGGCUGUCGCUCAACUUCAAGGACGCCAGGAGGUGGACGCCUACUUCAGCCGCACGCAAGUGAUGCAUACCCGCUAUCGGCCAGUGAUGUCUUGA